CAAAUUCCACAAGUGAUAAGAAGCUCAAAGUCACAGUGAACUUAACAAGGCAUGAUGAAUGAGACUCCAAACAAGAUUUCACAGCCUAAAACUGGGACUGAUUUUCUGGCUUCAUCACACUUUACUAUCAGCAAUGACAGUAGGUGGGGGCCAAAACACGAUUCUGAGGCAUAUAAAAGCAUUUUCAAAAAAGACUAUAUUCCAUUACCCCUUAAAAAGAGAGAGCGUAUUCCUUCCCCUGAUCCAGCAGGAAUGAUGCACCAAGACAGUCGCUAUGGUGAUAACAAUUCAAUUACUAAAAGUCACUUCAGAGAAAAAAAGCUGAGCAGACAGAAUCCAAGAGACAGCUAUGAACUAAGAAGGACAAACUUUAAAGGAGAUUCUGAUGAGAAGUUAAAAUCCUUUGCUACAACUCACAAGGAAUACUUUCCUGUUCGUCCACUUUGUGAAGCAAAAUCCACCCCYAGUACAGGGAGGACUGAAUGGAUGAAAAGUUGCAUUCCACAAGGUGACAGAGAAAAGGAGUUAUUACCCCAGUCAGAUUAUAAAAGUAGAUAUCUUGGCAAACAAGGACCAAGUUGCCCACUGUUUGUCAAGGGAGACCAAAGUGGCAGAUUGACGAUCACUGGGGACCCAAGAACUCAAGAUGGGCAGUUUACGACCACAACUAAGACAGAGUUUAUCAAUAGAUACCUACCAAUGCAAAGACUAGACCCCUCUUUGUUUGCCAGUGGAUCCAAUUUACCCCAAGGAGACCCAGAAAAGUGCAUCUUCCACAAGUCAACACAGCAAGAGUCGUUCAGAUCAAAACCGAUUUCCAGUGACUUUGAGUACUACAAUCAAAACGAAGCUGUGAGGAAGUUAAGAGCAACGACCUUUCAGCUCGGAGAUCAUCGGAGUCCUGGACUGCUGAAAACUACUACGUUGGACUCGUAUCCUCUCAAAACAAUGGAUGCUCGCGUGACACCUGCAAACGUCAGUAUGUCAAAAAGUAAUUUUCCCGAAGGAGACACAAACCCACGACGUUCUCUGGACAGAGUCAGCAAAACAACAAACGACAUUUUCUUUGGAAGUGUAAGUUGACCAAAGUUUUC